CUCCCCUUGACGCCAAUCAUAAUACUUUAGCGAAUGUCCUAUCACAUCCUGACACAUAACCCCGCCGCUCUUGUCCCGUACGCAACCGCCAAGUCAGCCAAUAAGCGUUUGAUGGGAGGAUAAAAACAGAGAGGCGGGGAGUGUGGGUCUAGAAAUUAGCAUCGCACUGUCAUCAACACAGCUAACAAGUGUGGAGCUGUCCUAUACUCAUGUUGGCCAUUGGAUCACCUUCUGCGUGUGGCUUAUGUGGAAUUGAUAACGUCAUACAUUGAUUGGUAUAUAAACAGACACGGUCGGUGUUGGACACGUGCUUUGGAUUUAUCCGAGACUGCGUCAAGUGAUUUUACAGGUGAGACAAUGUUUGAGAAGUCCGUUGACUGUUGAAAACGGCCCUUGAUCACCGCGGGCAUAACUGGUGUUUAUGUUUCAUAGUUCUGUUUGAUUGUUGUGAAAGAAACCCCUCGGUAUGUCGUCGGAUCAAUCAGCUGGUGACAGCAUGGCCUCAGGGUUGCUUAACAUAACACAUGUUUCAGAACCGUCCGAGAUGCUCAAGUGCAACCGGUCGGCUAAUAUUACUGAAAACUGUACAAAGAUGUUUGUACAAGGUAUUUCCGAGGGGCCAGUAGCAAUCCUAGUUCCGAUACUAUUUGGGAUUAUUUUCAUCGUUGGAGUGAUCGGAAAUGGCACAGUCAUUUUUACGGUUGCUAGGAACAAAAACAUGAGAAAUGUCCCAAACAUUCUCAUUGUCAGUUUAUCAUUGGGAGAUUUGCUUCUUAUCUUGGUGUCAGUUCCAUUUUCUGCAACAAUAUAUACAUUAAAGUCAUGGUCGUACGGGGAAAUCAUCUGUAAGUUUAAUUUCUACAUGCAGACCAUGUCUCUAGGAGUGUCAGUGUUCACGCUAAUUGCACUAAGCGCUGACAGGUACAUGGCUAUAGUGGACCCAAUGAGUAACAUAACAGGGAAGACCAUUGGCAAGGCUAUGACAGUGGUAGGGGUUAUUUGGGCAUCGUCUUUCCUUCUUGCAAUCCCGGAUUGGAUCUUCUCAAGCACUUCAGACUUUCAAAUGGAGGAUGGUAACUUCGGGCACAUGUGUACUCCAUACCCUCUUUCGCUGUAUCCCAAGUAUCCCAAAAUACAGGGAUUGGUUCGCUUCGUAGUAUUCUUCGCCAUCCCCGUUGUGACCAUUGGAUUCUUCUACCUUAUGAUGGCUUAUAUUCUCAUCAGAAGCGGACAAAGUAUGCCAUGUGAAUGCAGCAAGAGCGCUAUGAAUCAACAGAGACAGAUAGCUGCAAGGAAGAAGGUAGCGAAGGUAGUCUUUUCUUUUGUUUUCAUAUUCCUCAUAUGUUGGUUGCCUCGUCAUAUAUACAUCAUCUGGUUCUUCUAUGACGAGGACGGUGUGUACAACAACUUCUGGUACGGAUUCCAAAUCUUUGGCUUCUGUUUGACUUUCGUGAAUUCCUGUGUUAACCCCCUAGCCCUAUACUUUCUGAGCAGCCAGUUCAGAAAGUUUUACAACAAAUAUUUGUUCUGCUGUUUCCCAAAAGUCAGGGUCUACAACCCACUGGAGCAAACGUCAACGAUGCACAAUUUCAACAGCACUGUUCGCAGGGCAAGUUCAACGACCAACACCAUGGUUCAUUCUAUGUCACAGUCCAUGUGCUGAACUGACCUUCGUUACACCACGUUUCCGUGCUCAAGUAAGUAAGACCUAAUACAACUCAAACAGGUCUGGCUUGAUACAAUCAAUAGUACAAUGUAUGUCAAACUAAAUCCAUUUGAAUUAACAAUACAUAGAGGUUCCUACAGUCUUAAUAUAUCAGAGGACUUCGGGAUAUAUGACUCUGUAUUCUAUGGUCAACUCGAAACGGCAACGAUAAGGAUAAUGAUACUCCAACGGUCUCAAUGUGUCUACACCUAUACAGGAAGUGUCUCUAUUGUUCCACGUGUUUCAUCACUACAUGACAAGGAAACUAUUGACGUUGAUACCACACAUGGUACAGCUGAUAUUUGACUUGAAGUUCUACCUGUGACAUGCAUGCUUUGCUCAGCUGCUGUUAUUGAUUUGGAUAAACAUCUCAUUGAAAUGAGGAGGGAGGUAUUGCAUACUGAACACUUGUUGCAGCACUGACGUAUACCUCAUGUAUGAUGUUACGCAAUCGCAUACGGGCUGAUAUUUAUAAAGUGCUGCAAUACAUUUCACAAGUCUGCCCAUCACUUUUACCGGGGCAGAGGUAAUUGGAUCUGUUGGAGUGAAAACCAUUUGAUAGGUAAUAUUUGACCAAUGAUGUGAACUCAAGCGAUAGUUUUGUGUAUAUAUCUGCCAAUUAUAUUUUAUGAAAUAUUGACCAUGUUUGUAUAGUGUGUAUAUCUGACCAUAGAUACAAACAUUAACAUUUGAAUAAUUCAUAUGACAUACUUUGAUAUUUGGGAACUCAAUCUAAUAAAGGAGGCAAAUAAUUAUAACUGCGGUCUCUAUUUUGUGAUAGAUAUACAUUAAACACGUUGUAGCUCAAACUGUUUAGGAAGAAUAUCAUUUAAACAAUUAUUUUUUUGUCGAAAAUGUAUGUAAUGGUGAGUUGUCAGUUUACGUUAUCAAAUCAAGUCAGCGGAUUUAUAAUAUAAAUCAUGGAUCACCUUGAACAUUGUUAUAAAAUGUUGCCGUUGCAAAGAUUCAGUGUUCUCCACUAUGUACAAGUCGUCUCUGAUGAAGUGUUCAAGUUGCUGUUAUAACCAAUGAAACCUUUGUUUAUAACAGCAAUAAUCCGAUUAAUAACAUAGUCGGGAUAUUUGUAAGAUUAUUCAAUUUUAUCGUAACAUAAAUGUACCUGAUGUACUCAAUAGUUAUGUUUGCCAUAUAUUUGGCACUUUUUCUUAAAGUGUUUUAUCACUUGACAGUGACGGCCCAAACAUGUAAUUUGCUGUAUAUACUAUUCACAGUAUAGAUAAUAUCUAUUACGUCUGUACAGGCUUAGUUUAACAUAAAUUGUUCCUGUAUAUAGACUAUAUCAGUUUUAUAACAAUGAAACACACACCUAUCAAUCAGCUUUUGUGAUUAUAUAUUUUGUGUACGUUGAGUGGGUAAUCGAUAAGUCGGCUCACAAUCAUCGUAAAUGGGACAAUUCAAUCAGUUGUCGGUACUUACUGCUCAAUGUUCAUAAAAGCUUUUUGCACUAAACAUGUGUUUACCGAUACCUGUUACAUGUUACAUAAUCCCCGUGAUGUCAGGAGAUUUGGGGGUAUAUAUCGUGUAGUCCAUGUACUGAAAAUAUGCUACUCGGACUUGUGAAUACAGGUGUCAGUGUGCUUUAACCAUACUCUGAUACCUCAGUGACGUCAGGCCCAACUGCUAUGACCAACUUAUGACGUCAUAUGCGUUUGUUGGAGAAUACCGCCGAAAUCAGUAAGUUACUGCUAAUCAAACGCAAUAUAAACUGGUCUAAAUUUUGUUAAAUAAUACUUAUCCAGAAACGUUUUUGGAUUUCGAUUACCACGUAUAAACAUGUAACGUCAUAACGUCAUGUAACGUCAAAAUCAGUAAAUACCAUCAUGUCACAAGAAACUUUCCACUAUGACGCAGUACUGACUGGGGCUAGGAACUUAGCAGUCAGCCCUUUCCUUUUAGUUUCAACAAAAUCAGUAAAUGCGCCAUACUGUCACUGGAUGUUCUGGUCAAUCAUUCGAUUGUUUGGUUUAUGUGCGGCAGAUAUCCCGUUUGGCGUCAGGUGGUGCACAAUCUUUUCUUUCAUGCACCAUUUGUGAACAUCAGCUGGUGUUGGUAGGGUAGGACAUGCUUAUCCUUUCAGCGAACACUUUGUGUCAUCAUUGUUUUCACAAGUCCAUUCUCAUACAUGUACUAUUUACCGCUACUUUGACCCUUACGUAAAUCAAAUUUGUUUCAGCGGAUUCCAAAACUGGUUAUUCUUUCGAAUUGAUGUUUAAUAUCUAAUAAAGACCAUGUUUACUGAGUUACUUUUCGUACUGUCAAUAUGUGUUGGCAUACACGUAUGGGGGUUUGUACUGUAUCUCCAAUCACAUUGUUCAAUUUGCACUUGAAUAAGGUGCGGCACUCGGUCCUCGAAUCGCAAUAUGUUAACACGGGAGCAGUGUAUCUAUCAUAUCGUGUAAUCCACUGGCGCCAGAAGUACUGAGCUCCAACGUAUUAGCAGGGUUUAGAAGGUAUUGGUUCGGGUCGAUGUGAUCGUCGUUCUUGCACAGGGUUAUUUAACUACAGAAUGCGCUGAUGGGAAUCCUUGACAUUUUGGUGGCAUACUAAAGAAUGGAAAUUAUGCCUCUGUAAAAGGAAUCACACUAGCUCAAGUUAAUCGAGAAUUGUUAUUUGAUGUUACUUUUGAUGAUAACAAACCAAAUAUAUUUUUUCUUUCAAAAUUUCAAGUGAUUCGUCAUUUUACGAAGGUUUUUUUUAGCAGCGGUUUCUUUUUCUUCUUGGACUUGUAGAAGCGAUUGGAAAAGGUUAUGAUGAAUUUUACAAUAUUUUGAUGUUUUGUUCUGAAGCCUUGGGCGAGUACUGUAAGGCGUAUGUGAUCUCUCAAGCCUGUCAUAAAGCAAUACAUCAAAAUACUGUAAGGAAAAUGUCAAAAGUUAUUUGGAUUGUCACGUCAACAUAACAUGUUUAUUAUUAAUGUUCAUAUUUUCACACGCCUAAUGAAAAUAUGACGCACAUACUGUUCGCACUUAUCUGAACUCACUUGUAUUACAAAAAUAACGAGAAAAACGCAAUACGUUAAUUGUAGAGUGAACAGCAAUGAUAAAGAGGAACGUCGAGGAACUCUAAAUAUGACUACAGUGUUAAGAUUCAGCCUUUUAUAAACUUAGUCGAUCUUUAUGUACAUGCACAAUCCGAUGCACGUGAUAAUGUUUGGAAAACCAAAACUGCAAUAAGUUGAUUCCGAUCCUACUUUUGGCAAUAUGAAGUCGAAUAAAAGAGUGUGUAAUAGGUUCGUCAAUACCAUAGAUUUAAAACUUUCAAAUGACCAUGUUCGUAAAAGAAGACUUUUUCUUAUAAGCCUUGCUUCCGCGGUGAUAGGGUCGUCGAUUCAAGUUUCAGUCAGAUGAUGAUAUUGUGACUUAUCAUUCCAGUUGAACAGAAUCACAAAAUAAUGAAUGCAAAUUUGCAAAAAACACUUUUUCACAACACAUUCUUGUAAAAGGAUCUCUGUUGUUGACCUUAGAACAAUAAGAUAUUUCACAUUAUUCACCAUAGUGACGGCAAUAACUGGGUUAUUAUUCAGACGUUAAAAUUGUAUUAGUGUACUCUGUUCACACGUCCAGAGAACUCAACAUUACUAAAACAAGCGUACACCAUGCUGACACAUAUGCAGUAAUAACCGUUAACCCUGUUCUGAAGGUCUUCAAAUACAAUGCAUAAUUGGAUUGUUGAUUACAACAGUCACAGUUCCGUUAUUCAAAUACAUGCUAAUUGAUGCAAAUACGGUAAUUAACCACGUGGUGUUUCAUUUCAUCCAAGCACCUGUUCCUUUACGGCUCCGAGUGUAUUCUGAACCCUAGAUCAAUACCAGACACAAGCCAGUUUGUACAACUGUUGCUGAUCGGGACGAAGCACAUUGAGAUAAAUCGCUAAACAAAUGCACAUGCGUUGAAUCAACAUCUUAGAAUGUUCAGUGAUGCCAAGUCGAAAUCACCACCAAUGUUUACUGUCGUUAACUGAACAAAAAUGUGCGGAUAAAGAAAAACGACUGUCAAAUUUGUCUUUGAACCGUACUAAAUGUAAUUUAAGACAACAGUUGGGCUCAAUACGUAUUUGUCUACAACAUCAACAUUAAUUGGGCAGUUAAAAGGGAAAUUAUAUUGAAAGUUCUAUUGAAAAGACUUUGUUUUUUCUAAGAAACAUGCUGUGAAGUUCAUUUUUAUCUUAUACGACGACUUUGUCGUCUCUGAAUCCUUAUCAGAACUGUUUAAGCAAUAUGCUUCAGUUUGGAUUGUUUUCCUUCUUGACAUAAACCAUUACAUACAAUGAGCCUGGCUAAGUAUGGUCAAACGUGGUAUAUCUGUAUUCAUAUCUUUGCAAUAAACAUUCAUGAGAUGCGUGUAUUACGAAUCUAGAGGUACUGUUAUAUUUCACAAAAGCAUACCAUAAUACGUGAUUGUAGAAAGAUUGCGUAGACGUAUUGAAUAGGAAUAGAAGAGUAAUAACGUUUCUGUGUCUUUACGAAAAAUGCUCUCAAUACUGAGUAUCAUGUGUUGAUGUUUGCCCUAUAUUUGCAUAAUAAUCCGCAGUAUGGAAAAAUAUGGUUUCACUGCAUAAUGCCUGGUCGGUGGCUUUAAAUUUCUCUUAACAAUAAACAUAUAACAACUUUCUUUUGGGUCUUCAAACGGAAGUGAUACACAUAAGGAAGAGAGUUUUAUGGACGUCAACUUCACCUUCAACGUCAUCACCUGAUUAAUGUACAAGGAUGUACUCUGAAAUGUUGUGGUCCUCAUAAUAAAGACGUUCAUUCAUAAAACUGUCUUCCUUAACUUUCAUGUGUAUAUCAUUUAAGAAAGAAUAUCUCAAUAACAGCGAUAGGCAAUAACCUUUUCAGCAAGAAUGCUUGGACGAAUACAGCAAAAGCUUAGUCUUGACUUCUGAACAGCUGUCAGUUAGUGGUACUAAUACUGUAGCAAUAAUUAUCUUUAAACAAUUGAUAAUAAUCGAUUCACACCAGGCCAGCGAUUACUACAUUAUCAAAGUAACCCGUUUACAACCGUAUGUAUCUAGGUCACUUAAUUACUGUCAAGGCCCCGAAAUGUUUUGAUGUUGGUCGGUGAUCCAUCAUCUGUUGUUUUGAUUGUGUACCCUUCCAGUUAUGUACAUUGGUAUGUUUCUUUUAGUGUCUUUUGUUAUUCAGUGAAGAAUACAUAUAAAUCCUGUUCUUCUUACCAUGUUUCUUUGUAAUGACAUUUCGACUUGCUCACCUGUUAUUGUAAUAACACUAACUGAUUUGCGUGGUCUGCCUUGCUUCCACGGCAAAUGUGCUAAGGUUUAGCAAUUUCCAAGCGCUACAGUUGUUGGCAAUUGUGUUUCAUUAUCUGUCUAAAUGUCGUUAUUAUCCCAUCUACAGCACUCAGCCUUCCUUGUACAAUUCUACUCGUGCAAUUAGGCCAUAUUGCAAUAUGUACACUUAAGAAACAAAUGUCAGUUCGGCAAUAAUUGUUAGCUUAAGAUGGAAACUAGUGCCUAUAUUUUAACCAGACUCAAUAAUGAAGUAUUUGCAUCGAUGGUAAUAUAUUCUUCAUUUUGUAUCCCGUAGCUCUCAAACUGAGUAAUUUGCUGAUGGGCGCUUCAUCGUUGAAGGUUACAAAAUGUCAUUAUCCAUUAAAAAAAGUUCUUUAUUUCGGACCAUUUAAGAUUUGUCGCUUUCUGACAAAGUACAUCAUCACACAAGCUUCUAGGCCUAUACUUAAAUAUAUGUUUGGUUUCAGACCAUGUUGGAAUUCACUGUUUAAGCUAAGGUACCAUAGUUAACGUCCAUAUUGCAUUUUCCUUAGAUAUAUAUCAUCACGGUUUUUUAUGAAACAAACAAC